GUUAAGCAACAAUGACCAAGCUUAUGAAAAUGACGAGACAACUGUGCAAGCAAAGUAUGUAGCUUUAACAUUUGGUGAUGAUCAAUACUAUAGUCUAGAUAUAAACAAUGAUAGACUUUUGAUACCAGAAAAAGUGUCAUUUAUAGUUGAACAUGUUAAUCCACAGGCAAUAGACGAUCCAAAAAAAUAUUUGAUUGUUAAUGCAAAAAAUAUAAGUAUCAAAGGUGAUGAAUGCAAUAAAGUUGGAGUAUCAUAUGAAGCAUUCUUUAAACAAUCUAAUAGAUGUGGAGUGAAAAGAUCUAGCUGUUUGAAUAACCAACCAUCACAUUUGUGGAAACAAGAUAUGGAUGCAAUUGAGUCAGAAACUCCAGGAAGUUAUUUUUUAGAAAAUUUUGUGAAAUUUCCACAAGAUGCAAACAUAAUGGAAAAUAUUAACGGUACCGAAACGUUAAAUUUGCAUUAUGAAUUGGAUUAUAUCAGUGAAUUAUUUAUCCAUAAAGAAACGAAUUACAAUAGUGUGCUUUCGACAAGGUCUCUUAUAGAAAUUGUAGAAAUAUAUUCAGAUGCAACUAAAACUGAUCAAACUAAAAUAGUUGCAGCAAUUUAUAAUAUUGGAAUGACGCCCAAAUUAUUCCAAGUACAGUUAUUAGAAUUUCCAAUAAGUACAAAAAAAAACUGUACUGAUACUCAAAGCCGCGAUGUGUUGAUUUUACCUUUUCAUCGACAUAAUCAUGUUUUUAUGUUUGAUGGACCACUUAUCAAGUCCAAUAUUAAUUGCACACUUCAAGUAUUGGACAAAUGGGACAAAGUAAUGGCUUGGAGACACGUUCUCAUUAGCGAAGCCAACCGCUGUUUUUGUGUGUGGUAUCGUGAAUGCGUUUGUACAACAAUUGAAGAUCAAUUAUUUGCAUCUGACUAUAAAACAAUAUCACAAAAAGAUUAUAAUGGUGCUGGCUUUAGAGGAGCUAAACCCGAAAUGCGUAAUUUCAAUUCUAUUUCCAAAUUAAAUAUAAUUAAAUUAAUAUUAAUUUUUUUAUCAACAUUUUUCAUCAUGAAAUUUUUAAUUGGUAUAAUACACAGAACGUAUGAACAUACCUGAAUAUAUGUGCCAAUAUAUUACACAAAAACAAAAAUUAAUGGUAUCUAAAACCCAAUUAUAUAUAAAUAAUAUAUAUUAAGUCGAUGAUUAUGAUAAAAUGAUUAUUC